UGCUAAAAGAUUGCACUAAUUAAUAUGUGCUCUUGAAUAUUUUGUGUUUUAAAAUAUAACCAAAAUAUUUUCGAAAGACUUAGUAAAUUUACGACUACAAUGUUCUACGGUUACAGGCGCGAAUGAUGUAGCUAGCCUAAUAUCAUUAUCGUGAUUAACUGUGAUUUCUUUAGUCUCUAUUUUUAAAACAUGGCGAGUGUCGUAACAGCUGAACGUCAAAAGUGUGACAACUAAUAAUUCAAAUAUUAUUAUUAUGGGUGACGAUAAAUUAAAUUCUAGUAAAAAAUGUGAUAUAAAUAAAUUUAAUGUUAUAAUUAUCGGCGGCGGAAUAGCCGGGCUUUCCGCUGCUAAUUAUUUUAUGAACAACGGCAUGGAGGACUUUGUAAUUUUAGAAGCAAGAAAACGUAUUGGUGGUCGCAUUAUAUCGAUACCAUUAAAAAAUCACAACAUCGAGUUGGGGGCUAAUUGGAUACAUGGGGUAUUAGGUAACCCUAUAUUCGAAAUUGCUAUGGCGAAUAGUCUUGUGAAUAUCAUUAACAUACCCAAACCGCACAAGGUUAUAGCCGCCACCGAAGACGGGAAACAAGUGCCCUUUGGUGUUCUUCACGAAAUACACGAAGCCUAUGUAUGCUUUUUAAGGCGGUGCGAAGAAUACUUCCUUUGUCAAUAUUUGCCUCCUCCUGAUAUCCAUAGCGUCGGCGAACACAUAAACUUAGAAGCAACUAUUUAUUUAGAACGUUUACCAUCAUCAGAAGAAAAGAAACUACGACGACUUAUAUUCGAUUGCUUAUUGAAAAGAGAAACUUGUAUAUCUGGAUGCAAUAAUAUGGAUGAAAUUGAUUUAUUAGAAAUAGGUAGUUACACAGAAUUACAAGGUGGGAAUAUUACAAUACCAUCAGGUUUUAGUUCAAUACUCCAACCAAUGACAAAAAAAAUUCCUCCUAGUAAAAUAUUAUCACAAAAUCCUGUUAUUAAAAUAAUUUGGGAUUCUGAUCAAAACAGCUCAUCUAGGUCAUUGGAUGAUGUUGGGGAAGAGUCAGAAGAUUCUGAUCAAACUGUUAUAGAGGAUAUUUCUAAAGUUUCUAAUACAGGUGACAAAAUAGUGAAUACUGGUGAAGGUACAUCUAUUACUGAUGACCACAAACCAAAGAAAAAACACAAUUAUGUAGAAGUAGUGAGUGAAAAUGGACAAAGUUACUAUGGCAAUCAUGUGAUAUGUACAAUUCCAUUAGGUGUUCUCAAGGAAAAUGCUUCAAAUUUGUUUGAGCCAUCAUUACCUCAAUAUAAAAUAGAAUCAAUAGAAAAACUUUUGUUUGGUACAGUAGAUAAGAUAUUUUUAGAAUAUGAAAGGCCAUUCCUAAAUCCAGAUAUAACUGAAAUCAUGUUAUUGUGGGAAAGUCCAACAACACCCGAAGAAAUGUCUAAUUCAUGGUAUAAGAAGAUAUACUCAUUUAGUAAAGUUUCAGAAACUCUCUUGCUGGGUUGGGUUUCAGGAAAAGAGGCAGAAUAUAUGGAGACAUUAUCUAUGGAAGAAGUAGGAAUCACUUGCACAAAAAUAUUAAGAAAAUUUUUAAAUGAUCCCUUUGUACCAGAGCCACAAAGAUGUGUUUGUACAAGUUGGAAAAAACAACCAUACACACAAGGAUCAUAUACUGCAAUUGCAGUAGGAGCUAGUCAAAGUGAUAUUGAAAGUUUGGCACAACCAUUAUUCCGCAAUGUUCAUGACAAAAAGCCUGUAUUGCUCUUUGCUGGAGAGCACACCCACAGCAGUUUCUACUCAACAGCUCAUGGUGCUUAUCUAUCUGGUCAAACCGCGGCGCGACGUUUAUUGGCUUCGGACGAACCUUCUGAAAAUAGUAUUAAUUGUCCUGGUGCAGCAGACCUCAACUCCUGGAUUCAAGGUAUACAACUGGAAGAAUAACAGUACUGUUUAAGUUUUAAUAUUUAAAAAUUUUAGAAUGCAAUCUAAGUACAAGCUUAUUGCAUUCAAACUGUGAAAUUUAUGAACAAUUUCCAGGCGUAUCCUUAUCCAAUCUUACUACACUCGCAAGCAACCAAAUCGACUCAACCCUUGAUGGCGCACAUAUGCAUUGAUUUUACUAAAAGGACAAAUGUCAAUUAUAAAAAUUAUCAGCUUUAAUUUGAUAUCAUUAUCAUUGAAAUCCAUCAAAUAUUUCUUAAGUAAAUGAUGUCUGAACGUAAGAGUAGGAAAAAUGGGAAUUUAGGAAAAGAGCUUAGGUCCCGUAUUUUGGAAUUUAAACAAAAAAUGGUGAAAAAAAUAAUUAUUAAAUCAAUACUUCGUAUUGCUCCAUCUAGCCCUUAUUACAUUACAAUAUUAUAUUAGUUGAUUGCGCAGCGAGGUUGAGACAAUGAAGCGGUCGUCUCUCUCUGAAGUGCACCGGUAGCGGCUCGUUCUUGGUCUCCGAUUGAAGGCACCAGUCUCUUGGAACCAUUUGUAUGCUCGGGAUACAGCAGACUGGCUCAAGUAGAACUGCUCGCUGGCUAAACCCCUUAACCUUAACUUGUUGCAACAAGGCAACAACUUGCGCGGCUUCUUCUGGUGUGGUAUCCAUGGUUUCACGAAAACAAGGAAUGCAAUUUACUGAGAUGUGUACCGGUCAACUUGUAAUAAGCGACUGAUGAGGUAAACCGAGUGUGGCCUAGUUUUAUAGCGGGACAGGUAGUGCAACUCGUGGAUACCUUAUGGAGCAAAUUUUCCCUGACGCCCAAUUAAAAUGCGUCAUUACAUCAGCGCUUAAGUUUUUUUUUUUAGAGUAUUGAUGUUAAAUAAGAGCAUAAUUCUUCAGCUUUCGAAUGAUAUAUCAUUUUUAUAAUUGACAUUUGUCGUUUUAGUGAAAUCAAUGCAUAUGUGCGCUGUCAAGGUUUGAGUCGAUUUGGUUGCCCGCGAGUGUAUUAUAAUAAAAUUGUACCUACACAAUGUCUGUACAUGGGAGAUGUAUAAGAAAAAUUAAUAUGAAGGGUCUUAUUGUGAACAAUAGAUAAUAAACAAUAGUUUUUAUAAGUUUUGUCAGUCUGUAUGUUUGUUAUAGCCUCCCGCAGAAACUACUGCAUCAAAUUGAGUAUAGUUUUAACAGUUGUAUGUCUGAAAAUCUAAUUUAAAAACCGAUGUAAUUUUUAUUUUGAUACAUCAUUUUGUAGUAUCUAUCUCAUUAGUAUUCCUACUUCGGAAAUCUACGCAUAUGAAGUAAUGAGCAAAAAGCUAGUGAAUUAUAAAAAAAUAGUAUUUUUCAUUACCAUUUACUAGAACUUCUUUCUAGUAUUAAUAAAUAUUAUAAUAUCUAUACAUGAUUAUAAUCUCUUUACAGUUCAUAUUAUAAUGUAAUAAAGUUAACAAAUAGUUUUUGAUCUGAAAAGUAAUAAAUUAUUUUAUUCAUUUGAGAGAGAAAUAAUGGAAAAAUAUCUCAAUUUUAAUCAAUCGGUGCACAAAAAGUGAUUGCAUUUUUAACUAACUACACACUUGGUAAAAAUGCAAUUGUUACACGCUUGUGAAGUUUAUGGCGUAAUUAUUCAUAUACAUAAAUAUGUAACUUACACUGAAUAUGAUUUUUAAAAUUUUAUAUAAUACAUAUUUCUCAUGCAACUUUAAUGUAGAGAAAUACUUAUCUGUUUACUCUUAGAUAACUUGCUUACUUCUUCUUCUUCUUCUUUAGAUAACUUGCCUACAUUUAUUGAAAAUUGAAAUUUCGGCACUUUUAUUUUCAUCUUGAGAGCUAAAAUUGUAAGAUACUUUAUGAAAUUUAUUAAGAGUUUUGUUUGUUAAUUACACCUAUUAUUAUUGUUUAGGAAACAGUGAUACAAGCCAAAAGAAAUACAGUAAACAUUUGUGAUUAAUUUUAUUAGGUUAAUUAAACAAAGAAAUAACAAUAUUUGUAAGUAUUUCAAUUUAUUGUGUAUUUAAAUUUUAUACAACUUCAGUAUGAAAAAAAAAUAUAGUAGAACCUUUAAUUAAGGAUUUACUUAAUUAAAUUAGAUUUAACAUUAAAUCCUUGUUUUGUUUGCAUUUAUUAUAGUACAUUUUAAUUUUGCAAUGAAUUAUAAUUUUAGUAAAUUGAUGACUAAGUGAUAAAUAAUACCUAAUGGACGGAACUACCAUAAAAUGUCAUAUGUAGGGUACAUUAAAUGGCACAACACACUCUAAAAUCUAUAGGUCGCUUGUAUAUACAUUAUUCAUUAGUAUGUAUUAUGUUUAAUUCCUUGUUAAUAAGAUUUUAAUGUAUAAUUAGAUAUAAAUAAUAAUAUCCGAUAAUCAUCUUCCCCAACUAAGCCUAUCAAAUUUGGUCAAGCAUUAGAUAUUUAUAAUGAGCAUAGAGUAUUAUUCUGUAUACCUACCUACAGGUGUUGUAUUAGUUAAUAUUUGAAUUUAAAAUGGCGGCUGUUUAGUAUAGUCUUCUUUUCAUUUAAGAGUUUCCUCUUGUCGGUGCAACUAAUUCAUGCAUCUUCUUCCAGCCAGCUCUAUCCCCAAGAUAUCCAUGACCUCCCCAUACAACAUGACACCUAGUGUUUCUUUUAUCUGUCCCAUGUACAGGGUGGGCCUUAAAGGUGUUGGCAAUUUAAAAAUUAAAUUAAAAAAAAACCUCAAAUCGUGCAACAUUUUUAUUAGUAAUUAAAAAAAAAUACAAAUGUUGAAAAUUUUAAGACUAAAAAAAAUUUUAUCCAGGUGAUGUCCGUCUUUUGUACGGCACUCUUGAAGGCGAAGGAGCAGAUUCAGGUAAACUUUGCGAAACAUUAUUUUCGGGAUUUUGUCGAUUUCGCAAAUAAUGUUUCUGUUGAGCUGCUCUAAAUUGCUCGGAUUAUUUUCGUAGACUUAAGCUAACCUCGCAGAAAAUGGGGACAUGGGGACAGAUCGGGACUGCGUGGUGGCCACUCAAUAUCGCCCCUCUUAGAAAUGAGUUUUCCGGAGAAACCUUUUUCAGCAGCUCUAUUGACUCAUUAGCCGUAUGAUAUGUGGCCCCAUCUUGCUGGAAUCACAUCCUCGAGGUAUAGCCUCGAUAUUCCUAUAAGGCUGAGAACUCUCUAAUCAUUUCACAAUAAUUAUGGGCUCUAACAGUCACCGCUCACCCUCUUUCGUCCUCAAAAAAGUAUUGCCCAAUGACACCCGUUGAUGUCAAUGCGGCGUACACGACGAACUUAGUACUGUGCAGUGGACGUUCAUGUAAGCGCUAUGGAUUAGUCUCGGACCAGCACCUACAAUGUUGUAUAUUCACAAGACUUUUUAAAUGGAAAUACGCCUCGUCACUGAACAUAACGUUGUAGAAGUUGUUAAAUCGGUCGAGCAUCUGAUUGAAAAAAUGAAGUUGAUUAUUCGCAUCUUGUGGUUUCAAUUCUUGGACAAGCUGAAUCUUGUAAAACUUGUAUCUUAAAUGCAAAUCACGCUUUAAAAUUUGGCUCAAAAUUGUUCUUUUAAUGUCCAAAGCCUAAGACCUCUUACGGGUUGAUUGUUGUGGAUUUUCACGUACUGAACGUUUAACUCGCUGCACAAUGUCGGCCGUUCUCGCAGAAACCGGACGUCUGCUAGGCUUGAUUGGUAGUGUCGAUCCGGUUGUUUCAAACACUUUGAUCAAUUUCCAUAUGGCAUUGUCACUUAGAACUUGACUCAAGACGCGUAAAUCAUGUUCGCGUCAAUAUAACCAUCUGGCAAUAAUAAUUGAUUUGUUGUUUUCGUAAAGCGCUCGAACACAAAAUGCACGCUCCGCUCCCGUGUACCGCUCCAUGGCGACUGAAUUUCCGCAGUCACGCACAUAACAUACCCCCCCCCCCCACCGCUCCUCGUCUCGCGGUUUGGAGAAGUCAAGGAUUCAAAUCGCCAACACUUUUAUAGCCCACCUUGUAGUUAUUUCUCGGUCUUCCUCUUUUGCCCGCUAUUUUUCUUAUUACUAUGCUCUUUAAAAAAUCGUCAUGUCGUAUAAGGUAGCCCAGCAUUUGCCUCUUCUAUUCUCUAUUGUUUUUAUUAAUGUUCGUUUCUCAUUUACCUUUUUCAAUACUUCUUCAUUCGUUAGUUUUUUGUCCAGCUUAUCCUUUCCAUUCUCCUCCAUGUCCACAUUUAGUACAGUACAAACAAAAAAUUAUAUUUAUUUAUUUCUUGCUCAUAAACCUUUAAUAAAUUUAAUUUAAUUUUAUUUUUAUAUUUGCAAAUAAAUAAAAAAUAAGUUAAUUCUGUUUUGAACCAAACCUAAGUACUAUUAAAACUAAUUAGCAGCCGUAACUUAACUUACCAUUACCACCGCCCCAUUACUUUAUUUUUGCAGUCGAGAUAAUAUGUCCGUAAUUCUGCUAUUUUUUAUUCUAAUAUUUAUAAUGAUUCCUAGGACAUUUUUAUUUAUUCUACCUACUUGUACAAGUAUAAUCUAUAAAAUGUUAAAAUAAUGAAAUUGUAAAUAUGAGAGUAGACAUGAGAGUUUGAACAAUGUACACAUAAAUUAUUUAACUAUAUUUUGUAAUUAAUAAUAACAAAUGUACUUAGUGGAUUUGUUAUUAAACGCCUUAGCGUAUAAAUUUAACUGAAAUUGUUAGUGUGUGUACUUCUGCACGAUGACGUACAUAUGAAUUGCAGUCUUUUUUAGUAUACAUUAAAGGUGUGUGUACACGUUUUUAACCCUGCAUUUGUUUCUUCGCGGGAAUACCACACACGACGUUAAUAAGGCUGUCUGUAAUACUGAUUGCCUAGUGUGAGUUCUACAAGGAUUUACGUGUCCACUGUGUUCUCGUUUACGUCAAUAAGUUUGCAUUGAAAAUUUAAUUUCGCCUCUAGCGGAUUCUUUUAGAAACUCAGAUUUUCAUACAAACUUAUCGAUGUAUAGGUAAACACAGUCGUAAUGUAAAUCUUUAUAGAUAGAAGUCAUACUUGGUACUGGUGUCAUGUAAACUCUCAUACAUUAAUGAAAUGAAAAUAAAAUAGACAAAGUCUUUAGAAUAGCAUAUUAUAUAUGUUUACAAUCUUCACUUCAAGUAAAAAUGUAGUAGGUACAUGCAAUUAUAUUAAAAUGCAUUUCCUAUUUAAUAUUAAUAUGGAUAAUUAGGUUGUAUAUUCGAUUUAUCUAGUCAGUGCAAGGUUUUUGUAUCGCUUUAAUAAAUUGUUUGCAAAAACAAAGUGUUAUUUGAUUGAUAUUA